AUGACAACAGAAAUCAACUUCCACACUUCCGAUCAAGUACUAGUCGACGGGAAUGAAACAACACAAUCCCAACAGCCCCCGGAACCGUUCCGUCCAAAGCGGGCCAAGUGGGCGUGUCAGGCAUGUCACAAACGCAAAGUCCGUUGUGACGUGGUCAAUUAUGACACACCCUGUACCAAUUGCAGACUUGACAUAAAGGAAUGUGUCGCUACACCGAGGAGGAGACAGAAACCAAGAACUCGAAGCUCAAAUUGCCGUACAGAUGCGGUUGAGAUUGACCAUCCGCUCGCGGCUCUACUCGCGGACGCUUCCGCCAUAUAUCCUGAAGGCAAUACUGCCCAACCCGAGCGGGCUCCACAGAAGAGGAAAAACAACCCCCAGGGUACAGAUUCACAGAACUGCUCCUCACAAAAGAAACAACGACUUAAUAAGGGGCUCUCACAGUGCGGGGACAAUGAAGUGGCACAGUGGAUGGAGAUGAUGCCGCCAAGCAUCCUGGGGCAAUUCGAAGACAUCUCGCGACACAAUCGAGGGAACGUUGAUAAGCUCAACAUAGUACAAUUCCACAGCAAAUGUUCGGAGAAAUUACAACAGGCGGCCAAUAUCUUGACUGAAGUGAUCUUCAUGCACAAUUCUAUUUCAGCGCAACUUGAGACAUCACGUGGCCUUCAAGAAUCCGAUGGCCAAGACACCGACAAUCAUUUAGGUGAUGAUUUAAAUGAAACCAUGCAAUUUCCUCCAGGGUUUUGCCUCCCAGAUAGCGAAAAGACUGCGGACACUGCAAACACGUUGGAUGAAAGUGUGGCGCUGACCCCUGAGUCGCUUGACUGGGUCACCGCGUCAAAUUACAAUCUUUUCCUGGACUUGAACAAUUUCGACCUGGAUGGUCCUUUAUCGACGGCUCCGUGUGAUUCUGAAGCGAGUGCGUCUUGA